AUGAGGGACGCCUUCUUCUGCAACGACGAGACGUACGAGGCACAACCGAAAGCAGAACAACUCAAUCUCAGCGAGCGCUGGCGGCACAAGCCCCACCCACCCCCAUUCCGUCGGCAGUACACCCGCCUGACUUCCUCCUUCCUCUUCGCCAUGCAGGGCUACGGCUACUCGCAGUACCAGGCACACUCGCCAUACCACCAGCGCAGCGGCGAACUUCCCAAGCUCUACUACAAAUCUCUGGACCAGCGGCGGCUUCAAUGGCCCGGCGUGCAUGAACUCCAGCAGCACGUGAACCCGAACAGCCUGCAGGCCCAGCACCAGGCCCGACGCCGCAGCAGGGGGACUUCGACUACGAGCCCAUCAGCACCCAGGCAAAUACUACGCGCUGAGAAGAAGCGCGUGUUCAAGCUAAACGAUGGCAUCAACCAUCACAAGACGCUGCAGGACGAGGCCGGACGAUCAAGCAGUCCAUCGUGUGAUCUCGAAUCAGAGUGCGGAGCGCGCCUAAAAGCAGGCGGAUCUCCGAGGACCAAAAUGGUGGUGGCUAAGGCGAUCUUCUCCGAGAAGAUCAUGGCCGACGCAAGUAUGUACACCGACGACACGGCGGCCGACAGCAGCAGCACUGUGGGCGGCAGCAGCAGCGAUGACGAUGAACGCUCGAACCAACAGGAGCUCACAGCGCGAGGACGCUCCGAGAGCCAAGGGCAGCUCAGCGAUCAAGAUACUGACUUUGACCGCUAA